UCCCAGGACACUGCACUCAGCACCGUCACCCUCCCAGGACACUGCACUCAGCACCGUCACCCUCCCAGGACACUGCACCCAGCACCAUCACUCUCCCAGGACACUGCACCCAGCACCGUCACCCUCCCAGGACAAGUCACCAGACGUAACUCUCAGAUUCUGUGCCACCUUAUCCCCUUGCUGCCAUGCUGCUCCUCCGCAGGGAUCGGAUGCUCUUUGCCCUGGCACUCUCUGCUCUUCUUGGGGCUGACAUUUACUUCCGUCUGUGGCCAGAAAUCCAGUUCCGACUCCACCGAGAAUGUGACUGUGACACCCCUGCCCCCCCGGAGAACAGUAGCGUGUCUACCAUCAGCACCCAGUACGGAGGCUCCAAACUCCAGCACCUCUUCUCUCACCAUCUGUACCAAGCGACCAAACCUCUGGCCGAGGACCUGCUGCUCAAUGCCCACGAGUCCGUCCGCAGCCACAGAAAGAGAGUGGCCGAUAUAAACCGACGACGCUCCCAUCACAUGGGCCAGAACAGCACCAGACCCAUCAUAGAUGCCAGGUUCAGCUUUCACACACCAUGGCUGCAGUUUCACCUGGGCAUCAGUAAGGAGGCUCUUUACCCUCGCUCCAGUGCAGUGGUGGAGCAACUCCUGAAAGACAUGAGCAACCUGACUGUAAUCAAUGCUGAUUACAGCCCAGAUGAGAAAGCUCUGAAUGGGGAGUGUGACUGCAGCAAAAUUGUAAAGCCAAGCGGGACGCACCUGAAGUUGGUCCUGCAAUUCCAGGACUUUGGGAAAGCCAUGUUUAAGCCCAUGAGACAGAAACGAGAGGAGGAGACACCAGAAGAUUUCUUCUACUUCGUAGACUUCCAGCGACACAACGCGGAGAUCGCCGCAUUCCACCUCGACCGGAUUCUGGAUUUCCGCCGUGUCCCCCCGGUUUCUGGACGUCUCAUUAAUGUAACUCAGGACGUUCUGGAGGCGACGGAAAACCCUGAGCUAAAGAUCGUGUUCUUUGUCUCACCAGUGAACAACGUGUGUUUCUACUCCAAGUGUUUGUACAUGUGUAAGACGGAGUACGCGGUGUGCGGGGACCCCCACAUGUUAGAGGGCUCCCUCUCAGUCUUCCUGCCGCCUCUCAGCACUGCACCCCGACUCUCAGUCCCCAACCCCUGGAUCCGCUCCUAUACUUUCACUGGAAAAGAGCAGUGGGAGACGAAUCCUUCUUACUGUGACUCUGUGAAGCAGCGCCAUCCGUAUAGUAACACCCGACGGCUCCUCAACAUGAUGGACCUGGCCAUAUUUGACUUCUUAAUGGGAAACAUGGACCGCCAUCAUUACGAAAUAUUCAGACAGUUUGGAGAUGAUGGGUUUCUGCUGCACCUGGACAACGCCCGCGGGUUCGGGCGGCAUUCACAAGAUGAGCUUUCCAUCCUGGCUCCCCUCUACCAGUGCUGCGUGGUGAAGGAUGACACCUGGCAGCGGCUGAAUCUCCUUGCCUUACCCGAGUAUAGGCUGAGUGACGUCAUGAGGGAGUCAUUGAGCGCUGAUCCCCUGGACACCGUCCUGACUGAGCCGCACCUGGCUGCCCUGGACAGACGGCUGCAGAAGGUUCUGGCGGUGGUGCGGCAGUGUGUGCAGACCUAUGGCGAGGAGGCUGUGCUGAUAAAAGACACGUGGCAGCCUCUGCGGCGUCCCCCUAGAAUGCAGUUGUGACCCCCAGGGGCUCCUGUUCUCCAUCACUGCCUGUACAGUGACAUAUGACUGCACUGCAGGGCACACAGGGCAUUAAUAAAAAGCUGAUUCAGUGAU